AUGGGUACCUCAAAGCUCAGCCAGCAUGAUACUAAACAAGGUGCGUUCGUGUCUGAGGAGCCAGACCAAACAAGAGGAAAUGAGACGGCUUUUCCUCCAAAUGACUCCCAAGAAGACAAUAUCAUUGCUGCCAAGUUAGCAGCGGAAAGAGAAAAGGAUAUGGGAGUUUGUCAGGCCAUCAGAGCUUAUCCCAAGGCUGUCUGUUUUUCUAUGAUUCUCUCAAUGAGUCUCAUCAUGGAAAGCUACGAUCUCACUUUGACGAGAAAUUUCUUCGGUCUGCCUCAAUUUCGGAAGCGCUUCGGCCAUCCCCUUGACAGCGGAGACUACCAGCUGACCUCAAGCUGGAUGUCUGGCCUCCAAAAUGGCACCCAAGUUGGGCAGAUACUUGGGUUGAUGCUAGCGGGUAUUCUCACCGAACGCUACGGCUACAAGAAAACCAUCAUCGGGUGUAUGCUAUUUUUGACAUGUUUCAUCUUCCUCUUCUUCUUCGCCACGCGGAUCGAGAUGCUCUUUGCCGCAAGCAUUCUCUGCGGCCUGCCCUGGGGUGCUUUCCAGACCCUCACUACCACAUAUGCGGCGGAUGUCACUCCCCUUGCUCUACGACCAAUUCUUACUACCUUUGUGAAUAUGUGCUGGACAAUUGGCUACCUCAUCAGUGGGGGUGUGCUGCGUGGACUUUUGGGUCGAAAGGAUGAUUGGGCGUGGCGAAUUCCCUACGCCAUCCAAUGGGUCUUUCUCCCACCCCUGAUCACCGCGGUUCUAUUUACGCCAGAAAGUCCGAUCUGGUUGGUCCGAAAGGGCAGACUUGAUGACGCACGAAAGUCCCUGAGGCGUCUUACAUCGGCCAGCACAUGGCCAGAAGAGGAGAUUGAGCGGAAAGUGGCAUUGAUCGAAUACGAAAAUAGGAUGGAGAAGAAGCUGACAGAGGGUGUCUCGUAUCUCGACUGCUUCAAAGGAACCAAUCUCAAGCGCACCGAGAUAACUUGCUGCGCAUGGCUCGCACAGAUAGCUUGCGGAGCCAGCUUCGCCAGCAACGGCACAUAUUUCCUACAACAGGUCGGGCUCGACCCUGCCCAGUCGUUUAAUUUCAGUUUGGGGACAAGCGGCCUAGCCUUACUGGGAACUCUUCUGGCUUGGUUCAUACUUACCCGGGUGGGCCGACGAAGGCUCUAUCUCUGCGGUCUGACCUCUCUAUUCCUGAUCCUCCUGACUAUUGGCUUCAUGGGAAUCCCUGCGCCGAUGCCUGGUGUGGCUUGGGCAUCGGGAGUCUUGUUGAUGAUAUUCGUAGCUAUAUACGACCUCACCAUUGGCCCGAUCGGGUACUGCCUCGUUUCAGAGAUCCCGUCUUCUCGCCUCCGGAUCAAGACAGUCAUUCUAGCCCGGAAUACGUACAACAUUGCUAGCAUCUGUGCUAACUUCCUCAACCCGCCGAUACUUAACCCUACGGCCUGGAAUCUUCGAGGAAAGGGGGGUUUCAUAUGGGCCAGCUUUUGCCUUUUGAUCCUUGUCUGGUCUUAUUUUCGCUUGCCCGAAACAAGGGGGCUGACGCAAGCAGAAAUAGACCUUUUGUUCGAGGAGCAAGUAAGCACGAAAGACUUUGGAACCACAGAAGUCGAACCGUUUCGUUCAGUUGGAUAA